AUGAGCAACAAGACAAUAGCUAUGAAUACUACUACUACUACUGCAAAUAAUCCCACAGCCACCACCCGGAUCACCACCAUCAUCAUCAUCACGACCAUGUACGGAGGACCUCCUGGGUACAGGGCACUCCACAAAUCCCACCCCUUCUCCUUUGGCAUCCUCACCUACUGCUCCCGGCCUGGGGAUGACAGCUGGAACCAGAGCUGUGGGACCUUCGGGUCCCUGGAUGAUAUUCCUGACUUUGCCUGGAAGGUCUCGGCUGCAAUUCUCUUUGGAGGAUGGCUCUUGUUGGCCUUUAAUGCAGUUCUCCUCCUCUCUUGGGCCCUGGGCCCCCAAGGGCUGCGUCCCAGAAGGGCCAGUGGCCCAAUGCCACGGGUGCAGGCAGCGGCAGCCACUGCCACCAUUAUGGGCCUGCUGGUUUUCCCCAUCAGCCUGACCUCCCCAUUCGCCAAGCAAGCCUGCGGAGCCUCCUCUCUGUACCACGGUGGGCAGUGCCAACAGGCUGCCAUCCUCAAUGCAGUCCCAGCCAGCUUCCUGCCUGUGAUUGGGUGGCCCCGCAUGACCAAGGUCCAGGGGAGGAUCAUCCUCUUCUCCGGUGACACCGAGCAAAUCAUCCUCAUGCCAGAAAGGAGCAAAUAA